ACACUUCACAGUGAAGACAAUGACAGCUCAAGUGAUGGCAAUACCGGUGCCGAGCACUCGGGUGUCCACCCAAUGGAUGGAGUGGUGGACGACAAUAGCGGUGAACCGGAAACACAUGUGAUGUCAGACUGUGAUUACGGACAUGAAGUGCAGACUUUGGACACAGAGGUCGACGACAACAGCAAAGACUCGGAUGGUCUGGAAGUGGUGUCGGAAGCGGAGGAUCAGCCCAAAGACACACCAGAAGUGAGAGGCGUUGAGGGCAGAGAGGACUUCAUCGGUGGACAGACACCACAAACCGAUGCCUCUAAUGAUCGGCCGUUUGUUUGCAUUGAACCCAAUUGUGGCAAACGAUACACUAUUAAGCAGAACCUUAAUCGACACAAACGGAUCCAUUCGGGAGACAACCCAUAUGUUUGUGGUGUCGAGGGUUGUGGUAAAGGGUUCACCACAAAGAAAGGUAUCCAAUAUCACCGAAACUGCGUUCAUUUAAAACUCAAGACAUUUGUCUGCAAUGAAGACAAUUGUGGACUAAAAUUCGGCGCAAAGUCUACUCUUAAUACUCACAAACUCAUCCAUUCGGGUAACAAACCAUACGUUUGCGAUGUCGAAGAAUGCGGAAAAAGAUUCAGACAAAACACAUCGCUUCUGAUACACAAACGCAUUCAUUCGGGAGUUAUGCCAUACGUGUGCGAUGUGGAGGGUUGUGGUCACAGAUCCAGACAUAGAUCUAAUCUCAAUCGACACAAACGGAUCCAUUCGGGAGACAAGCCAUUCAUAUGUAAUGCCGAGGAUUGUGACAAUCGUUUCGCUUAUAAAUCUCAAUUAGAUGGACACAAAUGCGUCCAUUCGGGUGACACACCGUAUAUCUGUGAUGUCGAAGAAUGUGGCAAACGUUUCAUUUCUAAGUCUGGUUUACAUCAACACAAACUCAUCCACUCGGGAGACAAACCAUACGUUUGCGAUGUCGAUAAAUGCGGCAAAGGUUUUCGUCACAAGUCAGCUCUUAGUCGACACAAACGCAUUCAUUCGGGAGACAAACCGUAUAUCUGUUUGUAUGCCAAUUGUGGUCACAGUUUCAGACAGAGAUCUAAUCUCAAUGUUCACAAACUCAUCCAUUCGGGCGAAAAGCCAUUCAAAUGUAAUCAUAAGGACUGCGGCCAAAGGUUCACCCAAAAGGUGCAUCUCAUUCAACACCAAAGCAUCCAUUCGGGUGACAAACCAUACGUUUGCGAUGUCGAGGAAUGUGGCGAAAGGUUUCGACUAAAACGAGUCCUUAAUCGACACAAAAUCACACAUUUGAUUGACAAUUGA